AUGCCUCAUCAGAUUGUGGAUGAACCGGAGACUACACAGGACAAUAAGUUCGAACCAAAAGCAACCCAGACUAUAAACACCACUGAAGAGUCCAACACAAUGGCCCAUAAUGUCAUUAUCGUUGACCCAGAAUCCUCUGCCAAUAUGACAGACAACCCAUCAAACCAAGCCGAUAUCUCUGGACCCGACGUCUCUAAGUUGAAGACACCAGAUAUCGCCACAGCUGGAUCAGAUGUCUCGUUCGACGACACAAUGUCGACAAGAUCAAGAUCCUCCAGCUCCAGUCUCGGGACCGAGAUGACAGGUCCUCCCACAACAGAUGAGAAAACAGAAGACUCGACUGAAACCAAAGUCUCUGAGACAUCUGAAAGAAUUCUGGACGUCAUCCUAGAAUACUCUCUCAACAAGUUUGACAGCACCGCCGAACUACACAACAAAGGCAGACCCAAAUUUCUCGCCAUCAUCUCGCGUUUUGUCAGUACAAGACAAAAAGUGGUUAUGUGUUUGCCAGCAUUCCCGUUCAAGUCGGCGAACAAGGUUGAAAAGGUGCUGGGUAACCUUCCCGACAAGGCUGAAGAAGUAUCACUCUCCAGACUGAACACCAUGUGUGCCACCAUCGGCAAUUUCUACGAGCCGGGUGCCCAGUUGACUAUCAUCUCAGAUGGCCUCGUUUACAAUGACCUACUAGGCAUCACCGACCUCGAGACGUGGCGCUAUGGUUCAGCGCUACGAGCCAUGGCUGAGCGUAAAGGCUUCUCCAAUCUCGCAUUCUCCCGUCUUCAGGAUUUGGUCGCAGUGAAGAACCUACCCAACGACCUCAAUGAACUCACUUACGUUGCCAACGCGACCAACUUCCGCCGUACCCUGUUCAACAAGUACGGCCGAGAUGGCGAUCUCGACAUUGACCACGAAAUUGCCACGAAUAUGGACACGCUUGGGACAUACAAAGGGUAUUGUCGCUUCCUCAAGUCAGACUUGCAGCACAUCUAUGGCCCGGCCAAGAGUUCGGCAAAGUACAGGAAGGAUGUGAAGUAUCUCGCUAAGCAGCUCUUGAUCAGAGGAUAUGCCUUUGCAGGAGCAGUCAAAGCACGCUUCCCUGAGCAUUUGCGUCUGAGUAUCCAUCAGUCUACAGGAGAGCACAAGAUUUCAAUCAGCUUGCUCAACACCAAAAGUGGUUUCACGACGCCGUGGCAUUGCAGCGUUGCGUUGAUGGAAGACGGAGAAUGGCUCAGCGGUCUUGCGAUCGACUUCAAGGCCGACAGACUCUUGGAACUCGUCGAGGAGGAUGGAAGGCCGAGUUACUUCAAGGAGGUCGCUCGUCAGCGACCGUACCUGACGGAGAGCGCGAAGCCACGCGUAGUUGUCAAACAGGAACCACAGGCCCAUAGACAAAGGAUACGUGCAUGA